AUGGUGGCUCGAAAGUUCCUCGAGGCCGCGCAAACCGACAAUGUGAAGCGAGGCAUCCGGUCCAUCCUUGCCGACCCCAACACCGGCCAACAGAGGCCAAGUCGCCAGGGUACGCAAGACACGGUACAAAAGGUCUCACUGGCUCGCUGGCCUCAGGCGGACACGCUGUCGGUUCCUGCCUCAGGUCUAUUUCUGUUGGUCAAGGCGGCGAGCUGUUAG